AUGAGUACCGCAGGAGACUUCGUGCCGCCAAUGUUUAUUUUUAAACGCGAACGUAUGAAUGUCGCUCUGGAAAAAAUUGGACCUGUAGAUGCAAUCUACCGUUGCUCGAAAUCAGGAUGGAUCACUGAAGAUUUAUUUCUGGAAUGGUUAAAGCAUUUCGCUCAAUAUGUAAAUGUCUCUACUGUAGAUCCAGUGCUAGUAAUUUUAGAUAAUCAUACCACACACUCUUCCUUGAAGUCUUAUAAAUUCUGUCGUCAAAACGGGAUUGUUCUUGUUUCACUGCCCCCACACACUUCCCACCGGCUCCAGCCUCUGGUCGUCACAUUUUUCAGUUCACUAAAGACAGCAUAUAGUAAGGAAUGCGAUCUUCAUAUGAAAACCCAUUAUAGCAAAAUUGAAGUGACUGACAUCGCAGAGCUCUUUGCCAAAGCUUAUAAUCGCAUCACUUCUAAAGAAAAAGGUUUAAAUGGGUUUAAAAAUACGGGUAUAUUUCCGUUAGACAGAAACCUAUUUGGUGAGGAAAAUUUACUGAAAUGUCAGUAG